AUGAACAUCCGCGUGCGAGCUCUCGAGACCAACCAUGUCCGGCCGGAGAUCAUUCCCACCGGUCCGCCGUCGGAUCACGGCCCCAUCAGGCUCUCCCUCUUCGACACCCUGUUCCUCUCGCUCCCCCCGAUCCAGCGCCUCUUCUUCUAUGACGGCGAGGACCUCCCGCCGUUCCCGGCGCUCGUGCGCUCCCUGCGGUCCUCCCUCGCCGCCACGCUCACCGUCUUCACCCCGCUCGCCGGCAAGCUUGCGGCCUGCACCGAUGGCGACGUCGCCAUUGAAUGCUCCCCCGACGCUGUCCGUCCAGGUGUGAGGUUCGUCGUCGCACAGUACUCCGGCGACGCCUCCGACAUGCGCCCGCUAGCGCGGGAUGCCGAGCAUGACACCGAGGCGUUCUUGCAGCUCGUGCCGGAGCUCGAGGUGCGCAGGCUGCCGGCGCCCGUGCUUGCCGUCCAGGUCACGCGGCCGGCACCGGCAGGGCGAGGCGAUGACGGCGGGGCCGGCGCCGUGGCCGUCGGGGUCUCGAUGCACCACGCGGUGGCUGACGGGCAGUCGCUUUGGCAGUUCAUGCGUGCAUGGGCCACCGCAUCACGAGAUGGCUCGCUGGCGUUGGCAGGGCUCGUGCCACCGCCGAUGUUCGACCGGGCGGGCAUCCUGCGGCACCCCAAAGCAGAGGCGGCUACACGCCAGUUUGCCCGGCUCUCGGCGCCGGAUCUGCCCACGGUGAACACGCUCACAGAGCCGGACUGGACGCGGCAGAGCAGGAGGACCUACCUGCUCACCGCCUCCCAAAUCCAAUCUCUCAAGCGCCGCAUCCUGCAACAAAGCGACAAGGACCAGCCGCCGGAGCCUCCAACCACGUUCAUCGCCAUCGCGUCCCUGCUCUGGACAUCCUUCGCCCGCGCCAAGCACCCGAACCACGGGGCUACUGACGAUGAAGACGUGUACUUCCUGUUCCCCGCGGACUGCCGUCGGCGCCUGCGCCGGCCUCUGGACCCCGGCUUCUUCGGCAACUGCGUCAAGCUUUGCUACGCGCGGGCCAAGACAGGCGACCUCUGCGGCCAUGACGACGGCGCCGCACUCGCACGCGCGGCCGCGGCUGUGCGGCGUGCGAUCCGCGAGCACGUGGAGGAGGAGGACCCGCUGGGCGACGCCGACCGGUGGGCGGAGACCAUCCGGGGCGUCCCGCGGGACAGGCUGGCCAGGCAGGGGUCGUCGCACCGGUUCAUGGCGUACGAGGUGGACUUCGGGGUGGGGGGAGCCAAGCCGAGCGGAGAUCGUGUCGAUGCUCAGCGCGGCGGAGGUAGUGAUGCUGGUGGGAGCGCGAGGCGGCACGGUGCAGGUGUCCGUGGCGCUUGGCCGGGAGCACGUGGACGGCUUCGAGGCCAGCUUCCAUCGCAUAAGAGCCUCACGUGUAAUUGGUGGUGA